AUGGCCGUUCCGGUAGAUAUAAUGGACGUUCUCCCGAUGGAAAUUUGCAUGGAAAUCGCCCUGAAAAUGGACGCCUCUACGCUUUGUUACAUGUCACAGACAUGUAAAUCGUGGAACAAUGCCAUAGGUAACACCGAAUGGUUGUGGAGACUGUUGUGCCUAAAACUCAUAGAUGAUCAAAUGUAUGUACAGAAAGAUAGGUUACAGGGCUUCUCAUGGAAGAACACAUUUAUUAGGAACUAUGGGUAUAAUGCUAUAAAACGUCACUGGCUGGAUGGUACUUACAGCAAUAUCAACUCAUAUCAUGACCUACCAACAAAGUGUAUGUGUCCAAUGGAUUUGGAAACAUGGGGACAAGUACUGGAAUUGGAACUCUGCAGAUGA